GGUAACACUCAAUCUAGUCGUGUCGUCUACGUCAACAUCAGAAAACUGCACUUGUUUGUGCAUUUAUUUGUUUUAAUUCUAAUUUUUAAUUAGUGCCGCAAAUCUGUCGAAAAUGAGGAUAACAAAUGUUAGGCGUGGUCGUAUUAUCCGUAUCUCUUCGGUGUGUGCUAUCCUGCUGCUUUUAAUAUAUGCUUUAAAUAAGUGGAGUAGGAAUAAUAUAGAAGCCCAACCAGUUAUAUCUGAUUAUAAAGCUUCAUCAUACAAAUCUCAUCCGGAUGAAUACCCGGUACUAAAAACAGAACUUGGCAACUUUGAACCCAAAGACCGGAUAGUGGUGAAAGGACCUGGGCAAGAAGGCAAACCGUACCAUAUGGUAGGGCGGGACAACGAUAUAGCAGACUCUGAAAGUAUAUAUGGCAUGAACAUUGCUGCCUCGGAUGAUAUCGCCAUGAACAGAACAGUUCCUGACACUAGACUGGACGAGUGCAAGUACUGGCAUUACCCAGUCAACUUGCCGAGCACGUCGGUGAUCAUCGUGUUUCACAACGAGGGCUUCUCGGUCCUGAUGCGAACCGUCCACACGGUCAUAGACCGUUCACCACCGAACAUACUGCACGAGAUUGUGUUGGUGGACGAUUAUUCCGAUAAAGAGAACUUGGGCGAAAACCUCGACAAGUAUAUUAAACGCUGGAAUGGAAAAGUAAGACUGAUCAGAAAUACUCAACGCGAGGGUCUAAUCCGUACCAGAUCCCGCGGGGCCCAAGAGGCUACCGGUGACGUCAUAGUCUUCCUCGACGCCCACUGCGAAGUGAACGUUAACUGGCUACCCCCACUACUAGCACCAAUAUACAGAGACUAUAGAAUCAUGACAGUACCAGUCAUAGACGGUAUAGACCACAGGACCUUCGAAUAUAGACCAGUUUACCAACACGGAACGAACUAUAGAGGGAUAUUUGAAUGGGGAAUGCUGUAUAAAGAAAAUGAGGUUCCCGAUAGAGAAAGCAACCUCCAUAAACAUAAAUCGGAGCCGUAUAAAAGUCCUACGCACGCUGGAGGGUUAUUCGCUAUCAAUAGACAAUAUUUCCUUGAAAUAGGAGCGUAUGACCCUGGACUGUUGGUUUGGGGAGGGGAGAAUUUUGAAUUGAGUUUUAAAAUCUGGCAGUGUGGUGGCAGCAUUGAGUGGGUACCAUGCUCGAGAGUAGGCCAUGUUUACAGAGCUUUUAUGCCAUACUCUUUUGGUAAUUUAGCGAAGAAUCGUAAAGGUUCCUUGAUAACUAUUAACUAUAAGAGAGUGAUCGAGACUUGGUUUGAUGAGGAACAUAAGGAAUAUUUCUACACACGAGAGCCCACUGCUAGAUUCUUAGAUAUGGGUGAUAUAACAGAGCAGUUAGCACUGAAAGAUAGACUGAAAUGCAAGGAGUUUUCGUGGUUCAUGGAGAAUGUAGCGUAUGAUGUGUACGACAAGUUUCCCAAACUGCCAAAGAACACACAUUGGGGCAUGGUGAAGAAUAAAGCGAGUGGUUUGUGCUUAGAUACUAUGGGGAAAGCUGCGCCUGCGUACAUAGGAACAUCGUCGUGCCACGGAACGGGUCACAGUCAACUGUUCCGUCUGAAUGAGGCAGGGCAGCUUGGUGUUGGAGAACGUUGUGUGGAAGCUGAUACCGAGUCUCUCAAGCAGGCUAUAUGUAGGCUUGGCACCGUAGAUGGACCUUGGAGGUAUGAGGAGGAGCACAAUCAAUUGAUCCAUCGGUUGCACGGCUACUGCCUGACGCUUCAAGCGCACGCCCGAACCCUAGGGCUCGCGCCCUGCGAUCCCAAUAAUACCUACCAAAAGUGGACCAUAACCCAUCAGAAAGCGAACUGGUGAGAUUAACCUAAUUACAAAUUUAAAUAACGAAUUUUAUAAUAUUUUCCCUCGUUCCAAAUUUUAAUGUUUAUGCCGGUUUUAAACUGCGUUUUGAAUUGAGAGUGUAAGAUAAUUUUUUUUUUACUUUUCUUUAUUAAUCUGAAUUGUAUUCAUAUCGUAGAUAAGACUGAUGAAAGAGGCACUCGGUUUCAGUUAAAAAAAUAUAUUUUGUCUGCUCUCAUUAUAAAUGAACUGGACACAUAUACAUAUACCUAUGUCGAGUAAAACUUAAUUCACGAAUAGAAAUUAUAGUAUAUUGUUAUAUUUUCUUUUUUUGCUUUCUGUUUAGCACAGAUUUUUAUUAUUUUCUUUUAGCCAACCUUAUUUUGCUGCUUUACUACUUGACGGUAUACUUUCUUAAUUUUAAAUUGUCCCCACGUCUGUAAAAAUUGUAAAUUGUAAAAAAAUACAAUGUAAAGUUAUUGAUAGAAUCAUUUGGCUAUUUUUGUACUUAAAAUAUUGUGCACAUUCCUGUUUUAUGAAAAAUUUGUAGCAGUAAUCUCAGUAUUUGUAGUUUAUAGGGAAAUUUUAUAACGCAAUAAUAUUGUUUAUUAGUACUGUAUCUUUCAAAUUAAAUACAUAUAAUACUUAUGUACAGCCCUAAUAAUAUUUGUGACUUUAGGUCCGCCAAAUUAUUUUCACAAAACGAAGAUUUUUUUUUUAAUGUAGGAACUUAAAUGUAGUAAAUAAAUACCUUUUCUUUUAGGGUACAAAAAUAUUUAAGACAAAGUGAAUUCUUUCUUAUUUCCUACUUUUACCUUUUUUCAGUUUUCCUUCUAUUAAUAUUUUCUAGAUCCAAGGGUGCAUAAGUGUAUAAACACUUUGUUUUUAGAUUAUAUCUAAGUGAUUAGGCAAAGAAAAAUAAUUCAAUUCUUUCCAUUGUUUGGCUCUCGGAUACAAAAAAAAUAUACCUAAGUAAAACCAUUCUUCAAUUGAACUCGUUUCAUCCAACUCACAAGGCUAAAUAUUGUACAGCCAAAGGUCACAUUUUUAUUUAAUUUUUACACAUCACCAAUUAUAAUUAAUGUCAAUAUAUGUAUAAACGGCCGAGAAAAAGAUAUCAAAUGCACAUUUAUUUAUUAACUUCACUAUGUCUAUUUAACCUCAAACAUAAGUACCUAGUGGUAUGAAAGUUCGUGAACUCCUGAAGGUCUCUCGAGUACCCGUGUAAUUAAGAAAUACAGAUCGUAAUAAAUUAAAAAUCUGCCUGAAGGGAGAAUGCAACGAAAAAAGACUAACUUAUUUUAGAAUUGCUAUAACAGAUGAGAUUAUUUUAUUUUUUUACUUUCGUUGAAUUCUCCAUAACUAUCGCAAUUAAAAAUGCUCACUUGCCAGAUUUACAUAAUGCAUUUAAAAUGAAUUUUUAAUACUCCUUUUUAAUUUAGCCAUGGAUUAACAUAACGUGUGUAGUUAGUAGGUAUACCAUGGCUUAAAUUAAAAAAAUAAUUCUUCCCCUUAUACAAAAUGUUAUUUAAAAUAUUGUAAUUAUUUUUUCGUGCCACAUGUAACCUAACUUUGAAUACUUGUUUUAUGAAUUUUAUUUUAUGACGUUUAUUGAUAAAAUACUAACAUUUUAUUUUUUCAACACAACUUUUAGCAACAUUUUAUAAACUGUUGUGUUGAGUGAAUAGGAUAAUACUAUAAAUCAAUUAAUUUCUUUAGAAUUUAGUUUGAACUUUAUGUAUGAGAAUCCAUCCAUAUUUUAUUUAUUUGACAAUAUAAUUGUAUUAAUUCGGUUUAGUUAUAGUAAGUUUAUUUAGAAAUUAAAUUAGUUUUAAAAUGUUCACAAUUACAGUUAAUUUAUCACAUCACACGUUAUAUAAAGAAUCCCAACUAAUAUUAUAAAUGCGAAAGUAAGUUUGUUUGUUGCCUCUUUAAUCGUUAUCUACUGAACUAAUUUUCUUAAGAGUUUUCAUAUUUUAUAAUUGAGUCAGGAUAAGGACAUAGGGCACUUUUCAUCCCGGUUAACUAUACAUACAUAACAUCACGCCUCUUUCCCUUCUUUUCUCUUUCUCUUUCCUUUUUUUUUUCUUUAACUAUAGUUCCCGCUAAUUACGCGCGGGCGAAGCUGCGUGAUAAAAGCUAGUAUUUCAACAAUAAACAUGGGGUGAAUUUGUCAAACAGGGUGUGUUUCGAGUGUUCCCGGCAUUGCUCAAUUUACUUCCAAAAGUUGCGCAUAUAAGCAUUUAAUUUGAGUAAACUUUGUGAUAUAAUAAGCCUUAGGUUAAAAAAAUCAAUUAUACACCUAAUCAUAUCUUAUUUUGCUAAGUCUUAAUUUGAUAUUUUGUCUUAUCGCAUAGAAACAUGAUAGGGAAAGAUUAAAUAAACUAUUUUAGCAAUUUAUCCACGCAUGUUCUCAUCAGCUGUGUAUUUUUUUUUAAAUGACGAGUUCUAAAUAAUCUGUAUGGAUACCAUGAUUUUAAAAACCAGAAAGAUUAAGAGAUUUAUUUUAGCCAAGAUAUUUAUAUUCGCCAAAUAGAUCUCAUGCGUGGAGGUAGGCUGACUAUCUAAAUGUAAUGAUAAAAUAAGUGUAAUUUAAACAUUAUAAAAUGUAAUUUUAUUCUUGUGGUUGGAAAUUAAUGAUUUUCAAUACUGUGAUGUAUUUGACGGCAAGUUAUAUAUAUUUCCAUUGUAGAAAUAAAAUUUAAUAUUCAUAUGUUGAA